ACUUGGGAGACAUCCGGAGGGAAGAAAAGAGGAGGAUAAAGGUGGCUUUUUGAUAUAUCGCUUUAUUGCAGAGAGAGCUCGGAUGGGAGAUAACAGAAGUUUGUUUCACCAUUAAUGGGCUGCUCUGAUCCUCUGGGAGGUGGUGAGAAAAGAACAAAAAGUUCCCUUUGGAUUUCUGGAGGGUUUCACUGGGAGGAAAAGGAAGGUCCAAAGAGGGGCAGCAGCAAGAGCACCGGAGUUCCUUUGGGAUGAUCCGUGCCUCCUCCAUGAGCUCCACCAUGUAUGCAAACUUCAUGAGUAAGGACGUUGCACCGUAUGACUUGGGAGAGUUGGAUCCGGCCUUGUUUCUGUAUCUAGAUGCGCAAGAUCACUCAUCAGUUCAAGAGCAGCGACAGACUCUCAACAUUUUCCCUUCUCAGCCCAUGCACGUAGUACCAACCCCCAAGGGUGAAAUGAGCUUACUCUCCCCGACAAGCAGUUCAUCUAAGCAGUCCAUAGAUCUAGCGAACCCAAUAAGUGAUGAUGUCGCAGCUCUACCUGAACCACAAACGGAUGUCAAGGCCGCAGUGAAGAGGGAAGGGAAUAGGAAGGGCACAGCAAGCUCAGAUCAAGAAGGGCCCAGAACACCAGACGCAAAGACAUUGCGAAGGCUUGCUCAGAAUAGGGAGGCAGCAAGAAAAAGCCGGCUCAGGAAGAAGGCUUAUAUUCAACAACUAGAGACUAGUAAAAUGAGGCUAAGUCAGCUAGAACAAGAGCUACAAAGGGCAAGAGCUCAGGGUUUACUUGUUGGUGGCGGAGGCGUUAUCAGCGGGGAUCAAGGCCUCGCCGGCGGCAAUGGUGGGCUCAAUACUGCAGCUGCCGCGAUGUUCGACAUGGAGUAUGGGAGAUGGCUUGAGGAUCAUCACCGGCUGAUGUGCGACCUGAGGACUGCAGUGCAGGAGCACUCGCCAGACAACGAGCUGCGGAUGCUUGUACAGAACUGUCUGGGACACUACGAUGCCAUGACGAGCCUCAAGAGCAUAAUCGCCCGGUGUGAUGUCUUCCAUCUCCUCUCCGGCAUGUGGAAGACCCCCGCGGAACGCUGCUUCAUGUGGAUUGGUGGCUUCCGCCCCUCCGAGAUCAUCAAGAUUGCCCUAAGACACACAGAGCCACUUACGGAGCAGCAGAUACUGGGAGUCUGUGGCCUGCAACAGUCCGUCCAUGAGACGGAGGAAGCCUUGAGCCAAGGCCUUGAAGCCCUUUAUAGAUCCCUUUCUGACACCGUCAUCUCUGAUGCAUUGAACUGUCCGUCCAACAUGGCCAACUACAUGGGCCAGAUGGCCGUAGCCGUUAACAAGCUCUCUGCUCUUGAAGGUUUCGUUAGACAGGCAGAUAAUCUGCGGCAGCAGACCCUCCACAGGCUUCACCAGAUGCUAACCCCCAGUCAGGCAGCUCGGUGCUUCUUGGCGAUGGCCGAGCAUUUCCACCGCCUCCGCUCGCUGAGCUCGCUGUGGCUUGCUCGGCCAAGGCAGGAGUGAUAUUAGAAAUCCUAAAGACACACAUGCAGGGAAAGAGGCCAGAUGACUCAAUCAGGGAAAUUAUGAAACCAAAAAGAAAACAUUACAGACAAGUUCCAACAUUCUCACCUAUUUCUUUUAAUCACAAAGGAUUCAUAGAGAUGUAGGAGGCCCAGGCCUUUCAUCUUUUGUAGAGUUCUGUAGAUGGGUAUCCGCAUAGAAUGGAUGCUUUACAAGGAAUUAAGCAUGGGGUAGGGUCUCCCAUUCUCAUCUUCUCUUUCUUAGCUUUCCUGUCUGUGAGAGGAAAACAAACUCGUGCUGAGGGGACCUCUUUGAGCAGCCUUUUCAGACUAAGAGGGCUAAGAUCUUGGAAGAAGGAGGAGGAGGAGUUUUCUUUAUUUUAUUUUCUUUUUUCUUGUAAUUAACUUCUUCAAUAAUGUCCUAGGGUCAGGUGCGUGGGUGCAUGCCUUUGCCUCACAGGCUAGGUGGUAGAAUGGAGAGGGAUCGAUGAGUGGGUAGCCUCUGAAACAUCUGGUGAAGGUGGCAAAGAGAGGGCCGGCUUUCUACUGAACCUUGGCUGAUGAUAUCAUGAUGAUACUAGUGUAGCUUGUUCUUUUUCUUUUACUGCAUGCCCCUGUUGCCAUUUUCUAGGGUCUCCUCUAAAGAUGGUUGUGCGAAUGCAGGCUGUUGAAUUUUUCGCUUUAAACUUAGGCAAAUUUCUUAACAGUCGUUUGUACCCCACCAAGGCGAUGCUUGAUCAACAAAAUAGUGGUUUACUGCUCCACUAUGCCUACAAGUUACCAGAAAAUUUGAUUGCUUCCAAGCUCGCUAGUCUAAUGCAGAAAUUUUGCAAUGCAAAUUCUUACAGCAAUAUAUAUAUGCUUCCAAUCA